GGAGGAAUCGGAAGGGCUACUUCUUUCUUCCUUUGUUGAGACCAGAUUUUUGCAUAGAUUUGUUACAAGACUUGCUGUAGCUAUAAAAAGCUUAGACACAUUAAGUUGAUUUGUAAACAUGUUUAGGCAAUCACCAAGUAGAAACCAGAGGUCCAAAGGGUUCAAGGUUAAACAUGUUGUCCAGAUAUGUCUAUUGGUUGCCGUUUGUAUAUGGUUGCUAUACCAAGCCAAACACUCCCAUGAUAAGAAAAAGGAAUUUGAGAGCAUUGCAAAAAUCUCAGAGAACGUAGUAAGUGGGGAAGAUAUCAUUAAACUUGGAAGAAAGGACCUCCAUCCACGUGAGGAGGAAUCAACUUCUGAGACUCAUAGACAAAAUGAUGAAGAAGAGACUGAAGAAGAAAACAAGGCUGAAGAAGUAGAAAAAAACAAGCCCGAAGAAACUGAGGAAGAAGGGAGAAGGGGUGGAGAUGAUGAGAUAGAUGAACACGAUCGAGUGAGAGCAAAAGAGGAAACUGAACAUCCAGAAGACUCCAUUGAUGAAGAAGAAAAGGAGAGGGAAGAGAGAGAGAAUGAGAAAGAAGGGCUUCAUGAUAAUACUGGUUCAUCAGAGGAUCAGGAUCAUGAUAGAGACAGGACUACUCAGGAAGCACGAGAGGAACACUAUAAGGGUGAUGAUGCUUCCAGUGCCGUGGUCCGGGAUACCCAAGAAAUUGAAAAUGGAUAUUCAGGUGGCUCGAAUGUGGAAGAGCAGGUGGAGAGUGCAGAAAAUAAGUCAGAGCAGGAAAAUAAAUCCCAAAGUAUAGGGGAAGUCAAUGCCGAUCAGAAUGAUUCGGGCCUGAAGAUAGGAGAAGGUGAAAAAGUGGAAGCUAUUCCCUCAGUAAAUGCCACACUCACUGACGAGAAGGGUACUGAGGAAACCUUGGCUGAAUCAAAGCAUGGUUCUACUUCUAACCCGACGAUAACAACAGAAUCCAACAAUCAAAAAGAGGUGAAUGAUAACUCGACAGCAGAUGAUGCAAAAACUCCCAUCCUAUCCCUACAAAGUGGAACAGAAACGAUCACGGAUCCAAAUGAACAUCAAAAUGCAUCACAGGCGAGUGGAAGUCCUACUGAAGGUGACAACAACUUGCAAACUGCAGUAUUGGAGCAGACAGAGAACCCCAAUGCAACAGAUAGAGUGGAGAAAUCAGCAACCAGUGGAGUGCCAAAUGAAGCUUCUAGUAAUUCUGGUUCCGUUGUUUCAGAAGUGCAGGCUGUGGAAUCUAAUGUGACUGCUGGAGCAGAGGAUGGGUCAGCAUCUUCGACCACAAGUGAGACUGCUGAAUCAGUUCAGAGCGAGAAGUCUGAAACAGAGGAAAAUAGUGAUGGCUCGACAUCUUCAACGACCAAUGAGAAUUCAAAUGCAGCUGAACAUGAUGCCACCGAUUCUUCCGACGAAUCCAUCCUGCAAGAAGUGAAAGAAGCUCGGACAGAUCUAGGAACCUUGCCAGAGACUGAAACUGAAGGAACGAAUCAUGAUGAUGUGACAACAGAGUAACACUAACAAUAAUAGCCCAUUUCCAGUUUUCCUUGAGUGUAUGAGAGAGCAAAUGUUUUCUUUCUUGGAACAUCAUUGUUUCAGAAGGAUGGCCAGAUUGAGUUGUCAAGAUUGUAAUUUUAUAAUUCAUUAAGGUGUCCUGAAAUCUUUGUUACUGAAUGCCCUUGGGUUAUCUUACUGCUGCA